UCCAUCUUCUUCUCACAAUCAAAAGACUUCAUGGUCGAACCUCGCAUUCUUCUCUUUGACCCAAAAUCGUUAUCAUUUCUUCCUUUUUCUUAGUUUCUCGAUCUUCAAUCUUCCAUCUUUCCCUCUGUGCGUUUACAUUUCUUUCAUUUUCUCAACUCCCAAAGGUAUAAUCUUUCCUUCUUUCACUUCUUGAUUCUUUUGUGACCCAUUGUUUCCUUGCUUGUUUUCUGUUUUCAAGAAAAACCCACAGUUUUUUUCUUUCUUUUUUGCCAAGAAAUUUGGUGGUUUUUGGACUCUGGGGGUUACGUUCUUCUUUUGGUUCUUAAGAGAUUGGUUCUAAAAGGGUUUUGUUUAGCAGGUAAAUGAGCAAAGAUGUCGAAGUCAUCAGGAAAAACGACUCCUUCUUGUCAGAAUCCCGUCGGUCGAAUUACUGGUAUGAGCAAGGAUGACGACGGUGAUGAUCCUGACCUUCGUGCCAUCAUCUGGUCCAGGGACCUCGAACGGCAUCCCUAUGGCGAAUUCUCAUUCGCAGAGAUUCAAGCCAAUCUGGUCAAGAGGGAUUACAGCCAAAUCGAGAUUGCAAGUGACGCUAUCUUUGUUGGAGUUUAUGAUGGGCAUGGUGAUUCAGACGAAGCGUCUCACUUUGUAGCUGAAAAUCUCUGCAAGCAUUUCACUGGGCUUGUUCUUAAAGCACGAACCAUUUCUGAAGAUAGUCUUAAACGUGCUGUUAUUGCAACGGAAGAAGGAUUUCUUGCUUCUGUGGAAAAUAAAUUUGAUGGAGACAAGUCAUCUGCAGAAGUUGGGUCUAGUUGCCUGGCUGGAGUUAUAUGGAGAGGAUCGCUGUAUGUUGCAAAUGUUGGUAAUUCUCGAGCUGUAAUUGGUUAUUUGGAUGACUCUAAGAAGAUGGUUGCUGAGCAGUUGACUGAAGAUCACAAUGUAAAUGUGGAUGAAAUCAGAAAUGAAAUCAUGUCAUCAAAUCCAGACGAUCCAUAUAUUGUUGUUCAGAACCAUGGAGUAUGGCAUAUCAAAGGCACACUUCAGGUAUCUAGAGCUAUUGGUUCUGCAUACAUGAAGAAGCAGGAGUAUUAUGAACAUCCUUACUUCUACACACGGUACAACCUCCCCAAACCCUUCCCUGAAAAUCUUGUAAAGGUAGAACCUGAAUUGCAAAGAAGGGUUUUAAAAGCUGGUGAUAGGUUUCUCAUUUUUGCAUCUGAUGGGCUUUGGGAAAAUUUGACAAUUGAGCAAGCUGUUGAUAUUGUGAAUAAUAAUCAGCGAGCAGGAAUUGCAAGAAGACUUAUUAUAAGAGCUCUGGAAGAGGUGGCAAAGAAGAGGAAUAUGAGGUUGGAUGAGCUUAAGAAGAUUCAAAAAGGGACAAGGCGGUCUUUCUAUGAUGAUAUUACUGUUGUUGUGAUCUUUAUUGACCAUUGGUCACAGAACAAGGAGGUACCAUUAUGGGAGAGUUCAAUACGUAGAUUCAGAGAUUUUGGUGAACCAUCAGGUUUUAACAUUUGUGAAGAGAUUGAUGCAAGGACAAGUCUAAGGAAUGAUGACCAUCCAUUGACUAUUCAGGAUGAGGGAGAGAUUGUUCCAGUUACUAGUCCACCAUCUGAAGCAAUAGUUAGUGAUCAUUUAUUGACUAUUCAGGAUGAGGGAUAUAUUGUUCCAAUUACCAGUCCAUCAUCUGAAGCAACUGUUUGUACCAGCAAGGAUGAUGAUAAUGAUUAUGAUGAUCUUUGUGAUCUCUCAGUCCCAGGCCCCCUCUUCUGGAGUAAGGACCUUGAUAAACAUAAGUAUGGUGACCUUUCAUUUGCUGUGAUGCAAGCAAAUGAUUUUAUGGAAGAUCACAGCCUGGUUGACACUGGAUUUGAGGCUACCUUUGUUGGAGUUUAUGAUGGGCAUGGUGGUUCAAAUGCAUCUCUCUAUAUUACAGACAAUCUCGUUCAGAAUUUGACAAGGCUUGCUCUUGAAAAUGGAAGCAUUUCUGAAGAUAUUGUUAAAAAUGCUGUUAUUGAAACUGAAAAUGGAUUUCUUGAUCAUGUACGUCAGAAUUAUCCUAGAAAUCCGGAAAUUGCAGCUGUUGGUUCUUGUUGUCUGGUUGGAGUUAUAAGGGAAAAAACAUUGUAUGUUGCAAAUGUGGGGAAUUCUCAUGCUGUAAUAGGUUUUUUGGAUGGAACGGGGAAGAUGGUCGCCGAGCAGUUGACUACAGAUCACAAUGUAAGUUUUCAAGAAAUCAGAGAAGUCAAUUCUUCAAAUCCAGAUAGACUUGAGGAGGUGAUGCUGGAAUCAGAUUGCCUGCAUGCAAUCAGGCUAGCUAGUUCUGAUGUAGAAUGUUUCCUAUUCGUUGGAGCCAUAGUUAAAGAUUUAAGGGCACGUCACUAGCCUAUAAAAGAUAAUUUUUUAU